AUGCCCACCCGUGGGCAAAUAUUUCAUCUUCGCUACCUUCGACUUCAUUCGGCGAUCACCCAACCAGAAACUGAUGUUCUAUACAAAGUAAAGAACCCGCGGAUCCCUAUAACGAAAUAUAAACAACUAUUUACAGACACUUUGCAAGACUAUGUACUACUCAGUGCAACAGGCAAAUUAAUUCUCAUUAGUGCUGAACACGAUAAGAAGCGGGUAAACAAGCUGAUGACGAAGAGGAAACUGAUACAACAGGAGGCAAAAUAUCGUCUGGUCUGGUAA